AUGAGCUGGGCACUGGAAGAAUGGAAGGAAGGACUCCCUACAAGAGCUCUUCAGAAGAUUCAAGAGCUUGAAGGACAGCUGGACAAACUGAAGAAGGAAAAGCAGCAGAGGCAGUUUCAGCUUGACUCUCUAGAAGCCGCGCUGCAGAAGCAGAAGCAGAAGGUUGAAGAUGGAAAAACAGAGGGUGCAGACCUGAAAAGGGAAAAUCAAAGAUUGAUGGAAAUAUGUGAAACUUUGGAGAGAACAAAGCAGAAGAUUUCUCAUGAACUUCAAGUUAAGGAGUCACAAUUGAAUUUUCAAGAAGGUCAACUGAGCUCAUGCAGAAAACAAAUAGAAAAACUGGAACUGGAACUUAAGCGGUGCAAAUCUGAACUUGAAAGGAGCCACCAAGCCGCACAGUCUAUAGAUGUUUCUUUGAAUCCAUGCAGUACACCACAAAAGCUUUUUACAACUCCACUCACACCAAGUUCUGCAUAUGAAGAUUUAAAAGAAAAAUAUAAUAAAGAAGUUGAAGAACGGAAAAAAUUAGAGGCAGAAGUUAAAGCUUUGCAUGCUAAAAAAGUGAACCAGCCUAUUCACCAAGCUACCAUGAAUCACCGGGACAUUGCAAGACAUCAGGCUUCCUCAUCAGUAUUUUCUUGGCAACAGGAAAAGAACCCGAGUCGCCUUUCAUCUAGUUCUCUGAAAACCCCACUCAGGAGAGAUGUCUCUGCCUCUCAUUCUUUGGGAGAAGAAGUGACUCCUAACAGAUCAAGUCUGCAGACAGGGAAGAGAGGCUGCAGCAGCGACUUUGGGGACAAUCCCAGUGGUUCUCAGCUUUGGGAGCGGGUCCAGGCCCAGAAUCAAGACCUAAAAAACAAGAUGAAUGAGUUGGAACUACGCCUGCAAGGGCAAGAAAAGGAAAUGAAAGGCCAAGUGAAUAAAUUUCAAGAGUUACAGCUACAGCUGGAGAAAACAAAAAUGGAAUUAAUUGAAAAAGAGAAAGCUUUGAACAAAACCAGGGAUGAACUAGUGAGAACCACAGCACAGUAUGACCAGGCAGCAACCAAGUGUACUGCCUUGGAACAGAAGCUGAAAAAUUUGACUGAGGAGUUGAGUUGUCAUCGGCAGAAUGCAGAGAGUGCCAGAUGUUCUCUGGAGCAGAAGAUUAAGGAGAAGGAAAAGGAGCUUCAGGAGGAGCUGUCCCGACAGCAUCGAUCUUUCCAAGCUCUGGACCAAGAGUACACUCAGGUGAAAACCAGACUUACCCAGGAGUUACAGCAAGCCAAGCAUGCGCUCAGUGUCCUCCAGGUGGAACAGGAAAAGGUCACAUCAGUGAAGCAGCAGUUAGAAAGGAGUUUAGAAGAAAUUAGGCAAAAGUUCAACAGAGCAGAACAAGCCCUUCAGGAGAGCCAGAUCACAGAGAGUGAGCUGAGGAGAAGCAGUGAGGAAAUGAAGAAGGAAAACAGUCUGAUUAGGAGUCAGUCUGAGCAAAGGACCAGAGAAGUCUGCCACCUGGAGGAAGAACUUGGUAAAGUUCAAGUAUGUUUGAGUCAGAGCCGGAAUUUCGCAGAAGAGAUGAGAGCUAAGAAUACCUCUCAGGAAGUCAUGUUAAGAGAUCUCCAGGAAAAACUAAAGCAGCAAGAAAACUCACUAACUUUAGAAAAACUGAAGCUUGCUGUAGCUGACCUGGAAGGGCAGCGAGACUGUUCUCAAGACCUGUUGAAGAAAAGGGAACAUCACAUUGAACAACUGAAUGAUAAGUUAAACAGAAUGGAGAAGGAGUUCGAAGCUUUGCUGAGUGCUUUGGAGUUAAAAAAGAAAGAAUGUGAAGAAUUGAAAGAAGAGAAAACUCAAUUUUCUUGUUGGAAAAGUGAAAAUGAAAAACGUAUAAAUCAGGUAGAAUCAGAAAAUGAAAGCUUGCAGAGUAAAAUCAACCACUUAGAAGCCAGUCUCAGGACACAACAAAUGAAAAGUCAAGACUACAAUGAAAGAGUACGAACCCUGGAGAUUGAAAGAGAAAACCUUGAUAUGGAGAUUAGAAACCUCCGCAGUGUGGUAGACAGCAAGAUAGUAGAGAUCGAGACACAGAAACAAGCCUACUUGGAACUGCAGCAGAAAGCUGAGUUCUCAGAUCAGAAGCAUCAGAAGGAAAUAGAAAAUAUGUGCUUGAAAAGCAGUGAGCUCACUGGGCAAGUUGAAGCUUUGGAGUCUAAGCUUCAGUUGUUGUCAAGCGAGGUAGUGACCAAAGACCAGCAGUACCAAAGCCUGCAUGCUGAAUAUGAAACCCUGAGGGAUUUGCUCAAAUCCAGAGGUUCUCCGGUGACAAAUGAGGAUAAGCAGAGAAGUUCUUUGCCUUUAGAACAGCAGCCUGCAGUGAAUGAUUCCUCUGCAAAUCUAAUGGGGGAACAAGGAAGCAUGUAUUCAGAAAGGAGUGGCUGCUUUGUAGAUGGGGACCAAACUCGUCUAGCUGUCUUACAAAGUAGAGUCACUUCACUUGAAAGUUCCCUGGAGUCUCAAAACCAGAUGAACUCAGAUCUGCAAAAGCAAUGUGAAGAGCUGCUACAAAUCAAAGGAGAAAUAGAAGAAAACCUCAUUAAAGCAGAGCAGAUUCAUCAAGAUUUUGUGGAUGAAACAAACCAACGCAUUGGUAAAUUGCAGGAAGACUCUGCAGUUCAUCAGAAUAUUGUUGCUGAAACUUUAGCAACCCUUGAGAGUAAGGAAAAAGAGUUGCAACUUUUAAAAGAAAAAUUCGAAGCUGAGCAAACAGAGAUUCAAGAAUUAAAGCAGAGUAACUGCCUUCUUGAAGACUCUCUGAAGGAGCUACAACUUUUAUCUGAAACCUUAAGCUCAGAGAAGAAGGAAAUGAAUAACAUCAUCUCAUUAAGGAAAAAAGACAUUGAAGAGCUGACCCAAGCAAAUGGGGCUCUCAAGGAAAUUAAUGAGGCCUUAUGGCAAGAGAAAAUGAAUUUACUCCAAAAACACGAGAAGAUUUCGAAAUGUUUAGCAGAACAAGAAAGAAGCAUUUCAGAGUUGUCUGAUCAGUACAAACAAGAAAGACUUCUGUUACUACAACGAUGUGAAGAAACAGAAACUGUGUUGGAAGAUCUCAGGGCUAACUACAAAACAGCACAAGAAAACAAUGCUAAGCUAGAAUGCUUGCUCAGUGAAUGCACUGCUCUUUGUGAGAAUAGGAAAAAUGAACUGGAGCAGCUAAAGGAAGCAUUUGCAAAGGAACAGCAAGAAUUCUUAACAAAAUUAGCUUUCAGUGAAGAGCAAAACAGGAAAUUGAUGCUAGAGUUGGAGAUAGAGCAACAAACUGUGAGAUCUGAGAUUACAAAUACCGAAAACUAUUCUAAGAGUGAGGCUGAAGGCUUAGGGCAAGAGAAGAGCUUGAUUUUAAAGGAAGAGCAAAAUAAAAAGCAAGAGGAAGUUAAUGACUUACCACCUGAGAAUGAGCAACUAAUGCAAUUAGCUCAGACUAAACAUGAACGUUAUCAUCUUGAAGGAGAAUCAGUUGAGAACUCUGUAAAAGCAACAGAAGAUGAGAUCAUUACAUGUAGUUCCCAGUAUGAGAUGGAUAUUGACACUAAAGAUGGUUCUCCAGACAAUUACAGGGCACAGGUGGUACGACUGGAAGCUUUGAUUAGGGUUAUGGAAGUAAAGCUUGACCAGAGCGAGGAGGAGAAAAAAAACCUGCAUCAGGAAUUACAGACAAUUAGAGGAGAGCUAGGAACUGGUUGCUCCCAGGACACUCAGUCCCAUGAAAGGUCUGGCCUUAAAGCAGAAGGGAAGUAUGUGUCAGUGCUUCAUGAGUUGUCAGCAAGUCAGAGUGAGAAUGCACACUUGCAGUGCUCUCUCCAGAUGGCACUGAAUGAACUGAGUGAGCUAGGGAAAAUGUGUGAAGGACUGAAGGUUGAAAAGUUACAACUACAGUCUGAGCUGAAGGACUCACGAGCAGAGUGUAUGACAGCAACUAGUAAAAUGCCAUCAGGGGUAGAGAAGCUAGUGAAUGAAGUAAAAAGACUAAACCAUGAAGAUGUUCUUCCUCAGAGUGAGCUAAUGAAAGAUGUGUCCGAUGUGUUUCAUGAAAAACAAAACACAUCUAUGUUCUUGACUCCUUUGGACAGUAGCAGUUCCUGUGAACAAAUAACCUUGUCAGACAAAGAGGUUCGAGUGCAUUUUGCCGAGUUACAGGAGAAAUUUUCCUGUUUACAAAGUGAGCACAAAAUUUUACACGAUCAGCACUGUGAGGUGAGCUCUAAGAUGUCAGAACUGUGUUCCUAUGUGGACACAUUAAAAGCUGAAAAUUCUGUCUUGUCAAUGAAUCUGAGAAACUUUCAGGGUGACUUGGUAAAGGAGAGGAACCCUGGAGUGGAGGAUGGACAUACUCUGUCACUGUCGUUCUGUGGGACAGACAGCCCUAGUCUGCCAAAGUUUGGAGAAACUUCUUUUUACAAAGAUGUUUUAGAACAAACUGGAGACACAUCUCUUCUAAGUUUAGAAGGGAAUGCUUCAGCAAACCCUUGUAAUGUAGAUGAAGUGUCUUACAACAGUCUAGAGGAGGAGAGUCUGACUGAGAAAGAAAUCCCAGCGGCCUCUGUGAGGACUAUUGAAGAACUUGAAGUCCUAUGUCAGGUGUACUUGCAGUCCCUCAAGAAUCUAGAAGAGAAAAUUGAGAGUCAAGGGAUUAUGAAAAAUAAAGAAAUUCAAGAGCUUGAGCAGUUACUAAGCUCUGAAAGGAAACAGUAUUUGUCAGAAAAGGAGCAAUGGCAACAGCAGCUGACAAGUGUGACUUUGGAGAUGGAGUCCAAGUUGGCAGAAGAAAAGCAGCAGACGAAGAAUCUGUCCCUCGAGCUUGAGGUAGCACGCCUUCAGUUGCAAGAGCUGGACUUAAGCUCCAGGUCUUUGCUUGGCACUGACAUGGAAAAUGCUGUUCGGGGCCAAAAUGAUAGUUAUGAUAUAAAAGAAUCAGAUGUAUGCAUUUCAGUGACUACAGAGAAAACACCAAAGCAGGAUACUGAUAAGACUUGUGAUAAAGAUGUUCAGCAGGACCUUUGUCUAGAAACGUCAAUCACUGAGACUGAGACAGCUGGGCUCACAGGAGAGGGGUGUGAAGAACAACCCCCAGAGACCAAUUGUGGGGCACCAGCAGAGGACAAAACUCAAGACUAUUUGGAAUGUGUUUCUGAAUCGUUUUCUAGUCCUAAUGUGUUGGUACCCAUGGAUGUUCUGGAAGAUCGGGGGUCUACCCAGAAUCUCCAUUUGCAGAAAGACACAUCAAAUCUGAAUUUAAGAUUACUUCCUGCAGUAGACGACUGGGACAAAAAAGUUGAAAGUUUGCUAAAUGAAAUAAAAAAGGCAGAUUCAAAACUCAGUUUAGAGGAAGUACAGCUAAAGAUCAAGAUUGAAACAUGCAUACAAUUAGAAAAAAUAGUCAAGAACCUCAAGAAGGAAAAAUCUGACUUAAGUGAAAAAUUGGAGUCCCUCCCUUGUAACCAGGAGGUAGGUCAGACAGUAGAAAGUUCAGAAGACCUUGGUUUUGACUUAGAAUCGGGAGCCAAUGAGUUAAGUGGAGCUAUUCAAGGUCAUGAAGCCAACAUAGAAGAUAAUUGGAAGGCCAAAUUUCUUGCUGUGGAAAAGGAGCUGACGAGUAUUGAGUCUGAGAAAGCUAAUAUUGAGCGCCUCCUCCUCUCUGUGGAAGCAGACUUCAAGGUGGUUCAAGCAGAGAAGCUGGGUUUAGAAAGAGACACUGAAAGUAAGCAGAAGGUUAUUGUCGACCUUAAAGAAGAACUAGUAGUCGUUAUAAGUGAGAGAGACAGGCUUCGUGGAGAAUUAGAUACUGUGUCAAAAGAAAGAAAAACCCUGGAUCAGAUGUCUAAAAAGAUGAAAGAGAAAAUAGAAGAGCUGGAGUCUUACCGAAGUGAGAGCCUCCAUCACAUUGAGAUGGUAGAGGCUGAGACCAAGGACAAGGCAGAACUCCUUCAGACUUUGUCCUUUAAUGUGAGUGAGCUAACAAAGGACAAAGCUCAUCUCCAGGAGCAGCUGCAGAAUUUGCAGAAGGACUCACAGGGAUUAUCUUCUGCAGUGGCUGAGCUGGAAAUCCAAAUCGGACAACUGACUAGAGAGAAAGAAUCAUUGGUCGAGGAGUCUCAGAACUUCCAGGUCAAGCUGACUGAGUCAGAAUGUGAAAAGCAAAACAUCUCCAAGGCCUUGGAGGUGGCACUCACAGAGAAAGGUGAGUUUGCCAUGCGGCUGAGCUCAGCCCAGGAGGAGGUGCAUCAGCUGAGAAGAGGCAUCGAGAAACUGAGUGUACGCAUCAAGGCGGAUGAAAAGAAGCACAUCGGUACUGAGGAGAAACUGAAGGAAAGCCAGCGUGAAAACGACUCAUUGAAGGAUAAAGUGGAGAAUCUGGAGAGGGAAUUGGAAAUGUCAGAAGAAAACCAAGAGCUGGUGAUUCUUGAUGCCGAGAAUUCUAAAGCAGAGGUGGAGACCCUCAGGGCACAAGUGGAUGAAAUGGCCAAAAACCUGAGAGUUUCUGAAUUAGACCUUGUCACAGUUAGGUCUGAAAGAGAAAAUCUGACCAGGCAACUACAAGAGAAGCAGAGUCGAGUGUCAGAACUGGAUGAAUUAUGUUCUUCCUUUAGAAGUCUGUUGGAAGAAAAGGAGCAGGCGAGAGUACAGAUGGAAGAAGACUCUAAAUCUGCGGUGCUGAUGCUGCAGACACAAUUAAAAGAGCUCAGUGAGGAAGUAGCAGCCUUGUGUAAUGACCAGGAAUCUUUGAAGACCCAAGAAGAGAGUCUAGACCAGCCCGCAGAAGAAGUACAUCACCUGAAAAGCAGCAUUCAGAGGCUGAAAGUUCACAUAGCUGCUGCUGAGGAGAAACAGUGCUCCCUCCUGGGACAACUGAAGGAAUGUAAGCAUGAUGCGGACUUGCUCAAGGACAGACUUGAGAACCUCGAACAAGAAUUGCAGCUCUCAGAGGAAAACAGGGAGUAUGCAACUCUUGAAGCUGAGAAGGCCAAAGCAGAGAUUCAGACUUUAAAAUCAGAAAUACAAGGAAUGGCCCAAAACAUCCAAGAUUUGAAGUUAGAACUUAUCAGUACAAGGUCAGAAAAUGAAAAUGUUAUGAAAGAAUUAAAAAAGGAGCAAAAGCGAGUAUCUGAAUUAGAAACAAUAAAUUCUUCAAUUGAAAACUUACUGAAAGAAAAAGAGCAAGAAAAGGUACAGAUGGAAGAGGAAUCCAAAAUAAAAGUGGAGAUGCUUCAAACUCAAUUACGAGAGCUAAAUGAGACAAUGACUUCCUUGUGCAAUAACCAAGAGGCCUGGAAGACCAAAGAACAGACCCUGAGUGCUCAGGUACAAACUCUUGAACUUGAGAAGGCCCAGCUGCUACAGGACCUUGGUGAGACCAAGAGUAAAUACGUUAUUUUGCAGUCUUCUGUAAAUGUCCUCACUCAAGAAGUUAAAGCUGGCAAAGAGAAACUAGAGAAGAAGGAGGAAGAGGCCAGGACACUAGAAGAUCAGCUUAAAGGUCAAGAGCAGCAUUUGUGUAAACUUUCCCAGUUGGAAGGAGAGCAGCAACUCUGGCAGAAACAGAAACUUGAACUGGGAAAUCUGACUGUGGAGCUGGAGCAGAAGGUCCAAGUGCUGCAAUCCAAGAACAGUGCUUUGCAGAGUUCUCACAAGAGGUUAGAAAGUGAGCUUGGGUUGAUGAAGACAGAGAAGGCAUCACUUGUCCAAAAAGUUAACACAAUGGUUGGGAAGGAAGCCCAGCUACAGAGAGAGCUGCAGGAAAUGGUACAGAAGACAGCAAGGCUGAAGGAAGGAUUCAAUAAAGAGAAAAGCAGGCUAACUGAAGAGUUGAAAGUGCCAGUGGAAGAACUCAAGAGCCUCAAAGUAGAGCAUCUUAAGUAUAAUCAGCUUGAGAAGGAAUUUCAGCGUGCUCAGGGGAAAAUAAAGUUGUUGCUCAAAUCCUGUAAACAGCUGGAAGGAGAAAAGAGGAUGUUGCAGAAAGAGCUCUACCAACUUGAAGCUGCACAGAAGCAGAAAGCUGAUUCUGUUGUGGAUGGUAAUGUAGAGAAAUUAAUGACUGAAAACAAAGAGCUGAAAGAAAAUCUUGAAGAAAAAAUGAAAGAAGCAGAAAAGUACUUGGAUAAGUACUGUUCCCUGCUUAUAAGCCUUGAGGAGUUAGAGAAAGCCAAGGAGAUGCUAGAAAUACAGGUUGCUCGUCUGAGUGCACAGCAAUCCAGACGGCAUCUCCACUGUUCUCCUUUGCUGGAUUCUUCGGUUCCAGCACCAUCUCCAAGCACUUCUGUCAAUGAGAAUUCAGCGUCUGGCCAAAAUAAAACUUCAGGCAAGAGGCAAAGGUCCAGUGGGAUUUGGGAGAAUGGUAGUGAGACAACACUUUGUACACCAGAGACAUUUUCUAAAAAAAGCAGGAAAGCAGUCAAUAGUAGCGUUCACCCUACUGAGGACAAGGACGAGACUAAGUUUGAGAUAGAGGGACUCCCAGAAGUCGUAAAAAAAGGGUUUGCUGACAUUCCUACAGGAAAGACAAGUCCAUAUAUCCUGCGAAGAACAACCUUGGCAACCAGAACCAGCCCCCGCCUUGCCGCACAGAAGUUAGUGGGAUCCUCACCAACACCAGGCAAAGAAAACAUUGCAGAGUCCUCAAAACCAACAGCUGGUGGCAGCAGAUCACAAAAGGUCAAGGUUGUUCAGCAGAGCUUGGGGGAUUUACACACUGCCUUCCCAGAACAUCUAGAGAAGUCUGUCACAACCAGUAAUGUUCCUGGGAGAAACUCUGCAGAGAACCCCAAGGAGGGCCUAAGGGUCAAGCAGGGAUACCCUGCCUCCACCCCAGCUGCUGGGCCUGACCAGAGAAACAACGAAAACUGCCAUGUCCAGUGAAAUGUCAGGGUUGCGGAAGGUGGCAGCAUUCAAACCAGCCAGUCUGCCUGUGGGACUUGUCUUGAGUCACAAACACUAUUACUAAAAAAUAACUGAAUCCUAAUGCUCUAUGUGGCCUUCAGGUCUCUCCAUUCAUAAGAUGGGGAAAGUUUGGAAGCACCUAUUACCUAGUCCUUGUUCUUAAGCACAGUGUAAAUAGUUGUGGAUAGAGCUUGAGAAUUGCUGCAAUUAAAUGGAAAGCACCAUAGUGACUUGCUUGUAUGAAUUUACACUUAGAAAACCCUGCAAUGAUCUUCCUGUGUAAAGUGUUAGGUGUGAAAUAGUUGUAGAUCAAGAAUUUGAGCUGAGUAAAAUGAGAACCUGUGUGAAUGUGGUGUCUUUAUUCUUUCAGUGUGUUUCCUAACCCCCGCUUAUAUAACCUGUACAUAAUGUGAGGGGCCAUUGGGGUGUGUAUUUAUUUCUAGUUAGUCUGAUUGUUGCAGACACCUUAGAAGUGAUGUAGAUCAUGUUUAAAUUCACUAUGUUUUUCUUGUUAAAGUCAUCAUAGUUCUUUUGUUAUACAUGGCUGUAUUU